AUCGUCUCAGUAGGCAUUUCUAGCGCCACCUCAACCUGUCGCUGCGUGCGUAUUCAUUCCUUUUGGGGCCGGUUAAAUUAAAAAUCAAAAAUUUUGAAGCUAAUAUCUGCCUUCCCUUCUGUUAAAAGAGCCAUGGCCACCCAGAUUUCCGAGGGCCUACAGAAGGUGGUUCUGCAGCAGGGCACCGGUCAGAGGCCCAACCGAGGUGACACCAUCACUGUCCAGUGCACCGGCAUGCUGCACGGAGACCCGCCCAAAAAGUUCUGGAGCACCACGGACCCGGGCCAGAAGCCGUUCUCGUUCCAGGUGGGGCUGCAGAAGGUGAUCGCCGGCUGGGACGAGGGCUGCAUGACCAUGUCGUUGGGGGAGAAGGCGCGACUCAUCAUCGCGCCUCACAAAGGGUACGGAGCCGGCGGCUUUCCCGCCUGGGGCAUCCCGCCCAACGCCACGCUCAACUUCGAGAUCGAGAUCCUCAAAAUCGGCAACUAGAAAAGGCUGGGUGACCAACGCUGGCCAGCGCAACGUAAACGUCUGUCAAACCAAACAUUCACCGCUUUUUCAUUGAAUAUCCGGCAUUUUCUCUGCUUUAUGUGCGUGAUCGGGAUUGUAGGUACACACUGAAGAUCUCUGGGAGUUCUGACAUGUGAAGUGGAUCUUACAAUCGCUUCAUCCUAGAAUGCUACCCGCUCUCGAUGGGUGGUUGGGUGUCACCGAGUAUUUCUACCUUGCACACUAGAUAUGUUCUUUGUUGCUACUCCAAUUUAUUCAAUUUGUACCUUUUUAAAAAGCGCUUAACGUUGAUCGCCGAUGAAGUCGCAUUCCUCUACCAUGUUUUGUAUUUUUUUUUUCUCGAAAUACUUCAUAUUUUGUGUUCGAUGGCGUAUUAAAAGUGCAUGUAAGUGAUUUUGAAACGCUUCAAAGUCGUUUGGUGGUUUCCAUGAAACUGUCCUUGCUCCGACAAAAUAAAACGGAACAGUGUCGUU